AUGCAACGCGUCAAGCAACUCGCCGCACACCUGUCAGGCUCUUCCACCGGCCUCACUGCACUAGAGGUCAAGCGCCCGGAUGACGUCGUCAUUACAAUGGCCAUUCGCUCCCCGCUUUGCAAGGCGAAGAAAGGGGGCUUCAAGGAUGCGAGGACUGACGAGCUGAUGCUUCAGAUGUUCAACAAAGUAAUCGCGCAUUCUGGCAUCGAGCCCGAAGCCAUUGGGGACAUCUGCGUGGGCACUGUCCUUACGUCCGAUCCCGGCUAUCUGGCUCGUGCCGCGAUGCUUGCUGCUGGAUUCCCGGAAUCUGUGUCGGUUCAAAUAAUCAACCGGUUCUGCUCUAGUGGACUAAUGGCGGUCACAACGGUCGCAAACCAGGUGAGAAGUGGUCAAAUCGAAAUUGGCCUUGCUAUUGGAAUCGAAAACAUGUCGGAGAAUCCAGACAAAGGCGGUCCUAGCUUCAGCGAACUGAUUUCUUGCAACGCCGCAGCUAGAGACUGUCAACAACGCAUGGGUUGGACCAGUGAGAACGUUGCUGUUGAAUUCAGCGUCACAAGAGAGGAACAGGACGCAUUUGCUGCUGAGUCGUUCAAGAGGGCGGAAGAAGCACAGAAGCGGGGCUACUUUGAGAAGGAAAUCGUACCUUUCACCGUUCUCCAAAAAACCCCUGGUUCGGAUAGUCGGGUGCCCGUAGUCGUAAAGGAGGACGACGGAAUCCGCUAUGGAACCACCCAGGAGAAGCUUUCGAAGAUCAAGUCUGCCUUCCCUCAGUGGGGCAAUGGGACGACGACGGGAGGAAAUGCCAGCCAGAUCACCGAUGGCGCCGCUGCUGUGCUUGUGAUGACUAGGAGAGAAGCCGAGAGACGUGGUCUGCCCAUUCUUGCGAAGCACGUCACUACAGCAGUUGCAGGAUGCCCGCCGCGUAUCAUGGGUAUCGGCCCUGUAUUUGCCAUUCCUUUGGCGCUGAAGAAUGCUGGACUGGAAAUGAAGGACGUUGACUUAUUUGAGAUCAACGAAGCAUUUGCGUCCCAGUGUGUCUACUGUGCAAAGGAACUUCAGAUCCCAAUGGAUAAGUCUAUGAGUCAUUUUCGGUGCAACCUGAAAGCAAGGAGGCUGAUCUUCCAGGGAUAUCCACGCUGCACUGGGGCACGGCAGAUUGUCACUGGUCUCAACGAGCUGCGCCGUCGGCAGGGCAAGGUCCUUCUAACCUCGAUGUGCAUUGGAACGGGCAUGGGUGCUGCAGGGAUAUUUUUGCGGGAGUGA